UUUUAACUUCAAAAUUUUCUUUUCUUAUAUGUUUGUUUUGGGAAAUUCUACAUCGAAUUACAGAACCCUACUCCAUUUCCGAACUUCAUCGCAUCUCACUGCCUCUCGGUUUCUGCGACUACGCUCCCCCAUCCAGCUCUCUACUUCUUCAAUUCAAUCUUCAACAUCUGAAUUUUGGGCGUGGAGCAUUUCUCCCUUCAGCCAUGGUUUUGGUCUUACACGCAGGAAAGACGAAUAAAAAUUCUUUCAAGGCUCUCAUUGCUGCAGAAUACAAUGGAGUCGAAGUGAAAGUGGUCCCAGACUUUGAGAUGGGAGUCUCAAACAAGACUCCGGAGUUUAUCAAGAUGAACCCUAUUGGGAAGGUACCUGUUUUAGAAACGCCCAACGGACCCAUAUUCGAGAGUAAUGCCAUAGCCCGUUAUGUUGCACGUUUGAAGGCUGAUAGUCCUCUGUAUGGUUCAUCUCUGAUAGAUUAUGGGCAUAUUGAACAAUGGAUUGAGUUUGCAUCAUUGGAGGUAGAUUCUAAUAUUCUGACUUGGUUUAGACCUAGAAUGGGGAGAGCUGCUUAUCUUCCUCCUGUUGAGGAAGCUGCAAUUGCUGCAUUGAAGAGAGCUUUGGGAGCUUUGAAUACACACCUGGCUUCAAAUACAUACCUAGUUGGUCAUUCUAUUACAUUAGCUGAUAUAGUAAUGACUUGCAACCUAUUAUUGGGUUUUACUAAGCUCAUGACUAAGAACUUUACCUCGGAGUUCCCACAUGUUGAGCGGUACUUCUGGACAUUGGUCAAUCAACCAAACUUCAAAAAAGUCCUUGGUGAGGUGAAGCAGGCAGAGUCAGUUCUUCCUGUUCAAUCUGCCAAAGAACCUGAUGAUUCUUCUAAGCCAAAGGACUCAAAUGAGAGUAAGAAAGAACCGAAAAAGGAAGCUGAAAAAGAGAAGCCAAGGGAUGUAGCUGGCGAGGGAGAAGAUGAGGCACCAAAGCCAAAACCCAAAAAUCCUCUUGAUUUGCUACCUCCCAGUAAGAUGAUUCUGGAUGAGUGGAAGCGGCUAUACUCGAAUACCAAAUCCAACUUUCGGGAGGUUGCAAUUAAAGGAUUUUGGGACAUGUACGAUCCAGAGGGAUAUUCUCUUUGGUUCUGUGAUUACAAGUACAACGAUGAGAACAUUGUUUCAUUCGUGACGUUGAACAAGGUUGGUGGCUUUCUCCAGCGGAUGGAUCUCGCUCGUAAGUAUGCUUUUGGGAAGAUGUUAGUGAUUGGAUCAGAACCUCCAUUUAAGGUGAAGGGCUUAUGGCUUUUCUGUGGACAAGAGAUCCCGAAAUUCAUCUUGGACGAGUGCUAUGACAUGGAACUUUAUGAAUGGAGGAAGGUUGAUAUAUCGGAUGAAGUACAGAAGGAAUGCGUAAACCAGAUGAUUGAAGAUCAGGAGCCUUUUGAAGGGGAGGCUUUGUUGGAUGCCAAAUGCUUUAAGUGAUGAAGCAAUUAUCUCAUCUUGACGGGUGUUGUUUUAGUUUUCCUUUUGAGUUGAGAAUUCAAGCAUCAUUGUGGAAUAUCUUAAUUUGUGAAUCUUUGUUUCUUUCAAGUGUGUUAAGACAGCUAUAUUUACCCAAAAGUAAAAAAAAAAAAAAAAAUAGAAAAAAAAAA